AUGGAGCCAACCGCCGUGUCAGCGGCCGACGCCCGCACCAAGCUCGCGUACAAGAACCGGUGGCACAAGGUGUUCAACAACCCCAAGAUCGUGGUCAUCGCGCUGUUCGCCUCGUUCGGCGGCUUCGAGUAUGGCUACCAGCAGGGCGUGCUGGGCCAGUCGCUCGUCAUGCACCGCUUCAAGGACAACUUCCCCUCCGUGGUCGAGUCCUCGAGCGCCACCGGCUGGCUGACGUCCAUCCUCCAGGUCGGCGGCAUCAUCGGCUCCGUGUCGGCCGGCGUGCUGGGCGAGGUCUUCUCGCGCAAGUACACCAUGUUCUCCGCGUGCCUGUGGGUCAUCCUCGGCAGCUACCUGUACUGUGGCGCUUCGUACCAUAACCCUGCGAUGUUGUAUGCUGGGAGGUUCUUUACUGGUAUUGGAGUUGGAACUUUUAGUGGUGUUGGGCCUCUUUACAACGCCGAGCUGUCCUCUCCCGAGCUGCGAGGCUUCCUGGUAUCAUUCUAUCAAUUCGCCACCAUCUUCGGCAUCAUGCUGUCCUUCUGGAUUGGUUACGCAAGCAACAAUAUUGGCGGCCAGGGCGACACGCAGUCCAACCUGGCCUGGCAGCUGCCGACCAUCAUCCAGGGUAUACCCGCCGUCUGCCUCGCCCUGGGCAUCUGGUGGCUGCCGUUCUCGCCGCGGUGGCUCAUCAAGCAGGACCGCGACGACGAGGCGAUCUCCACGCUGGCGUACCUGCGCCAGCUCCCUGCCGACCACGAGCUUAUCCAGGUCGAGUACAAGGAGAUCAAGGCCGAGUGUCUGUUCGAGGAGAGACACUUUGCCAAGUCGUUCCCCACGCUCGCUGCGAAGGAGAAGAAGAGCGUCUGGACGCGGCAGCUGGCUGAGUACUACAACAUUGUAAGGUCUUGGGACAAUGCUAAGCGGGUUGCGACGGCUUGGCUUGUGAUGUUCUUCCAGCAGUGGAGCGGUAUCGACGCGAUCAUCUACUACGCCUCAAACGUCUUCCUAAGCCUCGGCAUGUCAAGCACUACACAAGCACUUCUCGCCACCGGCGUCACAGGCGUGGUAUUCAUGGUGUCAACGAUCCCCGCGAUGCUGCUGAUCGAUCGAGUAGGCCGCAAGCCGAUGCUGCUGUUCGGAUCGGGUCUGAUGUGGGCGGCGAUGGUGAUCGCGGGUAUCAUCGUGAGCCAGUUCCAGGACGACUGGGCGCACCACGCCGACGCGGGCUGGGUCGCCGUCGCGUUCAUCUGGGUGUACAUCUUCGCGUUCGGCUUCACGUGGGGCCCCGUCAGCUGGACGCUCGUGUCCGAGAUCUUCCCGCUGUCGAUCCGGGCCAAGGGCGCGUCGUUUGGCGCCUCGUCCAACUGGGUCAACAACUUCGCCGUCGCCUUCUUCACGCCGCCUAUGCUUGAGGCCUGGGAGUGGGGCACGUAUAUUUUCUUCGCUGUCUUCCUCGCCAUUGGUAUUGUCUGGGUCUGGUUUUUUAUCCCCGAGACCAAGGGCGCCACCCUCGAGGAGAUGGACCGCGUGUUCAAGAGCCACUCUGGCGAGGAGGACGCAAGGAUGCUCGCGGAGGCGAGGAGGGAUGUUGGCCUGACUCACGAGCUCGAGGGUUCGGCUGAGAAGGCUGUACUGGCGGAGAAGGACCAGACUACGCCCUCGCAUAUGGAAGAGGCGGGAUCUCAGUAG